AGCACGCAAAUGCAGGAAAUACUUCCAGUUUGAGCAUACAGCUCUAAUAUACUACCAUCUGGUCUAAGGUUUAGAAAAACAUAAACCUGAAUGCAAUUAUAUAAAUGUGACCAUGAUAGAAGGCAUCGGAUAUUUUGCUGUUAUCAUCAUCCUCUUGAUACCGACCACAGGAUGCAACGGGACUCUUCUGUACCUAAUUCUCUGCAGGAAUAAUCUCAACACCAUUCCAAACAAGUACAUCGCAUCUGUAUUGAAAAGUCAUCUUUUGUCAGGUUUGUUUGUUGGAGUAAUUACAGCGGUCAUCAUAUUGUCCGAAUAUGUAUCACGAAAUGCAUUGUUUUGUUUUAUGACUAACUUUACAGACCGAAGCCUCAUAGCUGCUUCUACUUUUUCUAUGGUUGGACUGUCGAUAGAUAGAUGUAGAUUUUAUUGUGGUGAACAAAGCACAACAAACCAAGUCAUUGUCAAGACUAAACGAGCACUAGCCAUAAUCUGGAUCGCAGCAUUUGGAUAUGGACUUUUGUGUUUGAUCCUGGGAUUUAGUAUCAUAGCUUUCGAUCGAGUACAUGGAAUAUGUCAAGUAGAACAUGACAACAGAAUAAUAGGCACUGGUAUAUUUCUGUUGGAUUUCCUUGCUCUCGUCAUUCUCCCAGCAGUUUUAAUGACAAUCCAUUAUUACAGAACAGUAAAGAAGCUUUGGUUUAUGCCAUAUGCCUGUCUGGCACAACAACGUAUUAAACGAAAAUCUACAAUAAUGAAUAUAACAAUCUCAGUAACGAACAUGUUACUUUCGGCACCAUUUUGUGGGUUCAAGAUAGUCUUUAUUGUUUUUCAGUCUGAAAUAGAUAUUGAAACUGAAAACAAAUAUGUACAGUUUGCAUCACUAUUAUUGACAUGCGUGAGAUGUUUAACAGUACCAGUAAUAUAUUUAUGCUUGUCUGAACAAACAAAGAAUGAACUCAGGGUGAAUAGAUCGAACAUAGUGGCACAGCAGCCAAAGGAACGAAGAAUAACAUUAGAUAUUGACAAAGACCAUUACGUUACAAGAAGAGGUUCAAUCUUUCAAAUCGAAGAGAAGAGUUCAGCUGGUUUUCAAGAAUAG